CCACAUUAUGAAAAGGUUGCAAAACUCUUCAAUGGGGCAGAUGCUAGUCAUCCAGGAAUCAUAUUAAUGUCAAGGGUAGACUGUGCAUUGACGGGGGAGGGGCUCGAUACUAUAAAGCAGCGAUGGGACACGUGGGAAGUUCAAAUCAGCCUAACCGUAUAAAGGCAUGUGACCGGGCACGUGACAUCUCAAUCUUUACUAAUAAGACCAACCAGUUUUAUAACACAAAGAAAGUGGGCUCAGAUUCAUUGGCCCAAAUAAUCUCUGAAGAAAGGGCCUUUAAAAAGCCCAUGUCAAAUCACAGAACAGACCCUUUUAAUGAGGAGAUAAAGGCCCUGCAGUUUGACUAUUCAGUGGGAAAACAAAUAACAACUGUGACGGAGGAACUCAAGGAAAACAUUUACAAUGACAGUUCAGAGGAAGAAAAAGAAAAGAAGGAAGAAGACGAAGAAGAAGGAAAACAACAAGAAGAUUUGAUUGAGGAUAAUGCCUUGAUAAUUAUUGCUGAGAAUGAAAGGAAAGAAGAUGAUCAACAGGAAUUCAAUAACAUGCACAUACAGACAGCAGAAACAGAUGGGUAUGUGGAUUGGGCAAUUGAAGAAGUCGAGCCUUUAAACCAUCACAACUUAGAGUCAGAAGAAGACCUGGAAUUAGAAACAUCAAUAUGGGUGCAUCAGAACAUCAUCAAGUUGAGCAAAGAAUUUGGGGUGGAAUUUAGUGGGUGCGAGAGAGAAGCCUUAGAAUUGUUUAUGAAAAUUGAUAGUAGAAGACAAACAAACAAAGGGGGAGAAGUGUCUAUGGUAUGCCAAACACCUAAGAAAAAAGGAUUCAAAGAGCUGAAGGGAUUGGAUAUUGGAAGUAAUUUCAAGAGUAAUGGAACUAGAAGCAGGGGGUAGUUUUAUUAGUCAUAAUCAAUGAUAGUGAAUAUAUUAUCAUGGAAUGUGAGGGGACUGAAUAGAGUUAGGAAAAUAAGGGCAAUUAAAAGUCAGUUGAUAAGUUGGAAGGCAGGGAUUGUUUGUUUACAAGAAUCCAAAAUAGAAGGGGAUAUUAGGGAACUAGUCAGAGAGAUAUGGGACAGUAGAUGGGUAAAUUUUGAACAACCGGAGGCUAGUGGGACCAGGGGGUAUUGUAGUAAUGUGGGAUGGAAGAAUAUGGAAGGGGGAAGUUUGUUGUACUGGAGCUCACACAAUUACUUGUAAAUUCUCAAGUAAGAUUCAGGAAUAUACAUGGCAUCUUUCAGCUAUGUAUGCUCCUAAUGACAGGAGAAAGAGGGAGGAAGUUUGGUGGGAAUUGGCAGGGGCAAGAGGGCUAUUCAAUGGACCAUGGGUGGUAUGUGAGGACUUCAAUGCUGUGAGGUACCCAUCAGAGAAGAAGAACUGUUCCAGAAUCACAAGAGCAAUGAUGGAAUUCUCAAGCUUUAUUGAAGAUAUGGAAUUGGUAGACUUACAAUUAGCAGGAGGUGAUUACACCUGGAGGAAAGGGGACAAACAUGUAAUAGCAGCUAGAUUGGAUAGAUUUCUGAUCUCAGUUGAAUGGAAUGAAAACUUUAGGAACAUAAAACAACAAUUGAUGCUGAGAGUUACAUCAGAUCACUCACCAUUAAUGCUUCAAUGUGGUAGCUGGGAACCGGUAAAGUCAUAUUUCAAGUUUGAGAAUUGGUGGUUGCAGACUGAAGGCUUCAAAGACAGAGUUGAAGAUUGCUGGAAAUCUUUCAUCUGUGAAGGAAGGCCAGACUAUAUACUAGCCUUUAAACUCAAAGCUCUAAAGGCAAAGCUCAAGGAAUGGAGCAAAACUAUGCAAGGCAAUUUAGCAUUAAGGAAGGCAAGUGUUCUCAAUCAACAACCGGUAAAGUCAUAUUUCAAGUUUGAGAAUUGGUGGUUGCAGACUGAAGGCUUCAAAGACAGAGUUGAAGAUUGCUGGAAAUCUUUCAUCUGUGAAGGAAGGCCAGACUAUAUACUAGCCUUUAAACUCAAAGCUCUAAAGGCAAAGCUCAAGGAAUGGAGCAAAACUAUGCAAGGCAAUUUAGCAUUAAGGAAGGCAAGUGUUCUCAAUCAACAACCGGUAAAGUCAUAUUUCAAGUUUGAGAAUUGGUGGUUGCAGACUGAAGGCUUCAAAGACAGAGUUGAAGAUUGCUGGAAAUCUUUCAUCUGUGAAGGAAGGCCAGACUAUAUACUAGCCUUUAAACUCAAAGCUCUAAAGGCAAAGCUCAAGGAAUGGAGCAAAACUAUGCAAGGCAAUUUAGCAUUAAGGAAGGCAAGUGUUCUCAAUCAACUUGCAGAACUGGAAGAAGUACAUGAACAAAUGAGCUUGACUGAGGAGGAAAUUUACACAAAAACAUCUUUGUCCAUGGAGUUUGAGGAGAUUCAAGAAGAAAUAGCAUGGAGACAGAGAUCAAGGGCUCUUUGGUUGAAAGAGGGAGAUAGGAACACCAAGUAUUUCCAUAGAACAGCCAAUGCACACAAGAGAUAUAAUAACAUUGAUCAAUUGACAGUGGAAGGGGAAACCUUACAGUGUCCUGAAGACAUCAAGAGAGAGAUAAUCAGAUUCUACAAGAAGCUGUACACAGAAGAAGAAGACUGAAGGCCAACAGGUUCCAUCAGAAACAACCAAAUGAUCACUAUAGAAGAAAACUUAAUGCUGCAGAGUCCAUUUGGAGAACAGAAAAUAUGGGACAGUGUUAAGGUAUGUGCAGGUGACAAAGCACAAGGACUUGAUGGAUUUUCAAUGGCAUUCUUCAAUAAAUGCUGGGAUGUGGUUAAAAAUGAUGUGGUAGCAACAGUCCAGAACUUUUAUGAUCAAGGAAUCUUUGAAAAAAGCAUGAAUGCCACAUUUGUGGCUUUGAUUCCUAAGAAGGUAGGGGCCAAAGAAUUAAGAAAUUUCAGGCCAGCAUAUACAAGAUUAUUUCCAAGCUAUUGACUGAGUGACUCAAAAAGGUGGUUAACAAAUUGGUGGAUCAUCAACAAAUGGCCUUCAUUAGAGGCAGACAGAUCAUGGAUGCUGUGAUAAUAGCCAAUGAAUGUAUAGACACAAGGAAGAUAAGCAAAGAGCCUGAGAUUCUAUGUAAGCUGGAUAUUGAGAAAGCAUAUGACCAUUUGAAUUGGAAAUACCUUUUGGAUACUCUGAGGAGGAUGGGCUUUGGGGGAAGAUGGAUUAGCUGGAUUAGAUAUUGCAUUUCCACUGUAAGUUUCUCAGUGCUUAUCAAUGGAGAGCCAGUUGGAUUUUUCACUUCAUAGAGGGGGCUGAGACAAGAUGAUCCCCUCUCCCCUUUUUUAUUCAUAAUUGCUAUGGAAGGGCUAAAUGACAUGGUGAAAGUAGCUUAGACAAAUAACUGGAUAAGGGGCUUUAAAGUGAGUAAUAGGGCUGAUAGCAACAUGAGGAUUUCACACCUACAGUAUGCUGAUGACACCUUGGUUUUUUGUGAAGCUGAAAGAGAACAAGUGAAAGUGCUGAGGGUGAUUUUGAUUCUUUUUGAAGCUAUUUCUGGGAUGCACAUCAACUGGCAUAAAAGUUUCAUUUACUCAUUCAAUGAGGUUAUGCAUCUACAAAGUCUGGUUAAUAUACUUGGUGGGAAGGUAGGGGAAUUACCUACUGUAUAUCUGUGGAUGCCAUUGGGAGCUAAGAGCAAAUCAAAAGAUAUUUGGAACAGUGUGCUGGAGAAAUGUGAAAAGAAGCUAGCAAAUUCGAAGAAUCAAUAUCUAUCUAUGGGGGUAGAUUGAUUCUGAUUAAUUCUGUGCUUGAUGCCAUACCUACUUAUAUGAUGUCUUUAUUUCCAAUUCUAGUCAAUGUAUUGAAAAGAAUUGAUAUUCUAAGAAGAAACUUUCUAUGGGAAGGUAACAAUGAGAAAAAGAAAAUCCACUUGGUUAAAUGGGGAAACCUGACUACAAGCAAGAAGGCAGGGGGACUGGGAAUAAAAAAUUUAAAAGUACAGAACCAGAGCCUGAUGAUGAAGUGGCUGUGGAAAUUUGCAGCAGAUGAACAAACAUUGUGGACAGGGGUUAUUAGGGAGAAAUAUGGAAAGGAAGGAAAUUGGACAUCCAAGGCAGUGAGAAGUCCAUAUGGAGUCAGUUUGUGGAGAUCAAUCAGGAAUCUAUGGCCAAAAGUGAUCAACAAAGCAAAGUUCAAAGUAGGAAAUGGUAGGAAGAUCUCUCUGUAGGAAGACAAUUGGCUAGGUCAAAGGAACCUUGAAGGGGCUAUUUCCUGACAUACAUGCUUUGAAUUAGCAACCGCAAGCAACAAUAGAAGAGGUUUAGGUCAGGGCUGGAAUCUCACUUUCAGAAGAAUGCUAAAUGAUUGGGAAAUUGACAGAAUUAUCCAGUUUCAUAAUACUUUGGAGCAGUUCAGUGGUACCAACUCUAAUCAAGAUCUUAUUAUAUGGCAAAGGAACAGGCAGGGAAAGUUUUCAAUUAGGGAAGCUUACAGGGAAUUCAACUUGUCCAACAAUCAGGUAGGCUGCUGGCCUUGGAAGAUGAUAUGGAAAGUUAAAAUUCCAUACAAGGUUGCUUGUUUUACAUGGCUAUUGGCAAAAGAAGCAGUGUUAACACAAGACAACCUAACCAAAAGAGGAUUCCAAUUGUGUUCUAAAAGUUAUUUAUGUGGAGAGAGGGCAAAGACAAUUAGCCAUCUUUUUUUGCAUUGCAAAUUCACUAUACAGAUAUGGAGAAUCUUCAUCAGCUUAAGGGGAAUUUCAUGGGCAAUGCCGGGAAGAAUCCUUGAUAUUCUAGCAUGCUGGAGUAAAGAGGGCACACUUUCUAGAGAUAAAAAGAGAUGGAGAACCGUCCCAACCUGCAUAUGGUGGAUAAUUUGGGAAGAAAGGAAUCAAAAAUGCUUUGAAGACAAGUUCAGUAACAUCCAGAAGAUAAAGAUGAAAUGUUUAGCUCUUUUUUAUUUUUGGUGUAAAAGAAAGCUUUUGGAGGAUCAUGAAUCCAUUUAAGAUGUUUUAGAAUCCUUGUGAGAAGACCAAGGAUUACAAGUUGUCUGUAUUUUUGUUUGAUCACUUUCCUUUGUAAUUAUGGGUGACUUCACAAUUUUAGUGAAGUCUUUAUAUUAAUAUACAAAUAUGUUACCUUCUCAAAAAAAAAUUAUAAUAUGGAAGUUACUUUGAGGGUCAUAGCCUCUAUGUAUGCAUCUCUCUCUGAGAGGACCGGGCCCCAAUCUCUAUGUCUGCGUCUUUCUCUGAGAGGACCGGGCCCCACCCUCCAGGAAGAAGAGAUGUGGGUCAGUUUGCAAAGACAAAUGACAAGACAAUUUGAAGCUAUUUCGGUGGUGGUGUAGUUUUCCAAAUGAGUAAUAUCUUUUGCCACAAGAUACAAGUUUAAUCAGUCGCUCCUUGUUUUUAAUAAGUUAAUCAGCAUUUUUAUGCUCUUUCCAUUUGAAUUGGGUAGCAUGGACUCAGUCAAUAUUGCUUUGAUUGGGAUUCUUGCUUUUCAAUCAUUUUACAUUGCCUUACUUUUUCACCUGUAGUGAAUUUUUAAUGGGUUUACCACUUGCUACCUCCUAUUAAUGCAGACACUUUUUCUUUAUUAUUUCUUUCUCUUGUUAUUAGCCUUUUCUUUUUUCACUCUGUUA